AGUCAGCUGGCAGACGCGAGAAGGGGUAGACCCCGUGAGCGUGUGUCGGGAAGCCUGACGAACGAGGGUCGCUGGAUUAAAGGCAGAGCCUAAUGCACCUGCUGCUAGUGAUGAACUAGCAGAAAGUAGUGUAUGUGCAAUUGCUGGGAGGACCUGCUUGUUGGUAGCGAAAGAGAACUGUUGAAUUGUGUCUGGUGACUUCAACGCACUAUAGAGAAUGAUCUAGAGGUGACUUCAACGCACUGUGGAAAGUAAUCUAGAGGUGACUUCAACGCACUGUAGAGAGUGAUCUAGACGUGACCAACGCACUGUAGAGAGUAAUCUAGAGGUGACUUCAACGCACCAUAAUUUAGGGAAGAACAUUUUUAAAUGCUGUAUUUUCAUUAUGGGCGCAGUGAUUGAUAUAUAUUGGUAUUCUACGAGCAAAUAUUGGCAUGAGUUGUGACUAUCGAAAGACUCGUAUGAUGGUGCCAACAGUUAGCGAAGACUGAACAUGUCAUCAACGCCCCCAGCUCGUCGACGGGUCAACCCGGUGGUGACUGUGCGUCGUGCGCAGAGCGAACGACGCUAUCUGAGCCCUUGGCAGGCCUCGUGCCCCGCGGGGCCCCAGCACCACACCUGCCCCGCAGGGCACCCGUUCCCCGCCUGCCCCGCUGGGCACACGAACCUGUCGUUCCUUCAUCAAGGUCCCCGGGGCCCAUCAGGAUGGUCCCGUGUUGAUCUUCACCACUACGCGCCACGCACCGCCUUCAUACCCCCUGCCCACCCGCGACCAUAUCCUCCACGUAUGGUAGGACAGUCGCCGAUCCUGCUGGGUGGUGCGCUGGACCUAUGGGGGUCCAUGCGAUACCGCCCUUUGCCACCCAUAUCUCACGCCCAGCUGCCGCCCCUCGCACUGGGGUCGCGGCCCCUUGCACCGCCUUCCCCCAUGGUGUUGCCGACCGUGACCCUGGAGGAGAGGCUGGCACAGGACAGACUUGCGGCAUUCCUGGCGGGGGAAUCAUCACCUCAUCGACCAAGGUCUAUUCUUUCCUGUCCAGAAUCUCCACUGUACGAGUCCCUCAUCUCCUGCUUCUCCGACCAGGAGGACGUGCUGACCCUCCCAGACACAGAGACGGAACAUGAGUAUCAGCAAAUCCAGGUAGGCGACCUGACGCCCAAAAUUGAUAAGAAAUCGCGGGCGGAGACAUCGACAUCUCCUGGGGAGAGAGGCCGGGACUCAAGCAAAUCCGGAAACGACUCGACGUAUGAAAAGUCCUCGAGUGAGGACCGCCACCACCAACUGCAAGAACACCAAAGCCACCACCAACAACAACAGCAAGACCACCAACAACACCACCAGCAACAGCAAGACCAGCACCAACACCAGGUGACGACAAUGAACAAACUCCACACCUUGGAUGUCAAGCCUGAAAGACACUACAACAAAGACGGUGAAGUCACUGAAGAGGUUAAAUGCAGCUGGCAAACUAGUGGCUCAGUGAGCCCAAAGAGCGAAAGUUCUGGUUCCUCCCUUCUUCCUGCCAAAGUGACGACAGCAACAAAGAGCUCAACCCAGUCACUCUCCUCGAACGAGAGCCACAAGAGUGCUAUUUACAUCACCCACGGCUCGAGCUGCUCUAUGGAAGACAAUAGCUCUGGCAUCACCGUCUCAGACACUUACCAAGAGAUUAAUAGACCUCCGACGGUAAUCCAUGUUUCAAGCAACAAUAACACUUCAGUUGAUCAGAUCACUCCUCAAAAACCCGAGACGAAUGUUAGUCGGAAAACUAGUGUUAAAAGCAAUGAUUUAAGCGUGUCUGCAAGCGAUGACCAGCAGGUGUGUGAGCGUGUCAAUCACAGCUCCUCUCCUAACUCUUCCAAGACCAACACAAAGACGAGUUUUCCGGCCAGGUGUUGCAGCGCCGAUCCUACGAGCACUGCUCAAAUGAUCAGCCGGUCCAGGCCACCUGAAGGUAUGUGUCUGCCACUUACCGUAGAACUGCCGGAGACCAAGCAGUGCCCCCGGAAAGAACAGCCUUCCCGCACCACAAGGAACAAGUCCACGCAGGCGUCGCUCAGUUCGCCGCCGCCCCACAUCAUAACAACCCUUGACCCACCCAUCAAGCUCGCAAGACCUCCGUCCAGACCUUAUAGAUCAUCCCAUAACACUUCGACGACGCACACCGGCUCCGACGAUGUCCCUCCAUUAGUUGUGAACUUCGACUCGGAACACUCGGACAGCGACGACGGCGGAGGCGAAAUCAACAGCGACACAGACUCCUCCUCCUCCUCCUUAACCACCAUCAACGACAGAGCUACCUUUUACCUGACGGGAGAUGACACCAGCUCCAUAUAUUCGUCGGUAGCGGAGAUCUACUCCGUGGUCACCACCGACCAGGACUCCCUGGUUUACGUCUACACGCCCCCACCCAGAAGCCAGACUCGCACCCGCCAGAGAGACUACUGUACCCUCAGCUACAGGUUCCCCAGCUACGUCCUCACCAGGAGCGGCGGAUGUUAUGGAGGCGGUGGAAGCAGCGGUGGCAGCAGUGGCGAGUCAUCUGACUCAUCUUCGUGGGGCGGUGGCACCAUCUCCUUUGUCGAGCCUACUUACCGCCCUUCGAAUCUCUCCGUCGGCUCCAUGGGACACCUUCAUAUCGACUACUCUUGGUCGUGGGACCGCCUGGACGACUUCGUGAGAUCGACCAGCCCGCGGGGCGGCAGAUCGAACUGCUACAGGUCUCCUCAUGAGCCUCGAUCUCCCCAAGGAAUGACAGCGAAUCGCAUGGCUUAUCCUGGGAUGCUCCUGUCGCACUGGGAGACGUACUCGGAUCCGGUGGCCGGCUAGCAUCUGCCUAAUCUAGGUUCCUUGCAAAUCAGCUUAUAUCUACAGUCUAUGUUAAACUGACAUGUUCGCUGCAAUGUGGUCCAACCAUCAUUGCAGUCAACCCAUCAUUGCAGAAUUUUUGUCACUACCGUCACAUGUAUCGCUGUAUUAACCACAACCCAUCAUCGGCUGCAGGAGCAGAGGUAGCACCACUCAUCACGUCAAGUUACUAGUGAUUUGUUUAUAUUCAUUGGUUCCCUCGAGAGAAAGGGAGAGAGGUAGGGGAGAGGGAGGGGACGUGAGUAGGAGUGUGAGUGAGGUCUCACACACACACACACAC